AUAAAUUGACCGACGAAAUCACCAUCGUAUCCGUACUACCGGACACUUUUGCAGAGCAACCAUGGCGGAACAAGAAGCAGAGACCUCGAGCGGUAUCAGAGUCAGUGGCAUGCAAUUCGCAUACGACGCGCAACCGCCGCUCUUCUACGACUUCAGCCUCAACAUUGCUCCCGGAUCGCGGUGCCUUCUCGUCGGCGCCAACGGAUCCGGGAAGACUACUCUGCUGAAGAUUUUGGCGGGGAAGCAAAUGGUGGGAGGGAGGGAUGUGGUGCGGGUGUUGAAUGGUUCGGCUUUUCAUGACACUCAUUUGGUUUGUAGCGGCGACUUGGCCUAUUUGGGAGGCUCCUGGAGCAAAACUGUUGGCUGUGCUGGAGAGCUACCGCUCCAAGGAGACUUCUCUGCUGAACACAUGAUAUUUGGAGUGGAAGGAACUGAUCCGGUUAGGAGAGAAAAGUUGAUUGAGCUGCUUGAUAUAGAUCUGAAGUGGAGAAUGCAUAAAGUAUCUGAUGGGCAGCGACGCCGAGUGCAAAUCUGCAUGGGACUUCUUCAUCCUUUCAAGGUUCUCUUGCUUGAUGAGGUAACAGUCGACUUGGAUGUUGUUGCUAGGAUGGACUUAUUGGAUUUCUUCAAGGAAGAAUGUGAGCAGAGAGGAGCUACAAUUGUAUACGCAACUCAUAUCUUUGAUGGCUUGGAAACAUGGGCAACCCAUUUAGCUUACAUCCAAGAUGGCGAGCUAAAGAGGGCUCAGAAGUUAUUGGAGGUUGAAGAGUUGAAGAGUUCAGUCAAUCUGCUUUCUGUUGUGGAGUCCUGGCUUCGUGCUGAAACCAAGCAGGUGAAAAAGAAACCCAAAAAUCCUGCCCAAACGUCAUCUCCUUUUGGUAUGUCGUCAAGACACAUGGCGUAUUACCGCUGAUCUCUUGAUGACGUUAAGAUAAAAUCCAAAUUCAAGGCAAAUUCUUAAAUUCAUUUUUCACCAAUCCUUGGUUUACCCACACAUGGAGUGUUUCCCUUCUUAGACUGUAGAAAUAAGGAUGGCAUUAAAAUGGGAUCCCCUAGGUCGAGCAUUUGUGUUGUUGGCUAUACGGUGAAGCAGCUCCGAUGGCCUUUUGUAGGCCAAUAUGUUUUACUGACAUUGGUCAUAUAAGAAAACUUGCAACUAGGUAGUGUGCAAUUCCCUUUCCUGGUGGGGGUUAUACCAUGAAGCACGCCUAUGGCUUUUUAUAGGAUGAUAGACUUGGUUAUCUAAGAAGUCUUGAAACAAGAGUAGUCUGCAAUCUCUUUCCCACUGUGGCUUUGUUUGAUUAUAUAGAAAAGAAGAUUCUUGUGAUGAGGGGACCAUAUGAUAGGAGCAUCAAACAUGUGAAUAGCACAUGAUUUUACAUGGCUUGGUCGAGUACAUUGAAUGAAACAGAUUGGAAAAACUUGUAACAGCGAAUGUGAUGUACAAUCCUAUAUUUUACAGUAACAGAGAUAAAUUUUCAUA